AUGUGGAAGAGGCUGAACAACCCCAAAGGCACUCAGCAGCCCUCUUAUACGGAAACUGCCUACGAUGAGAACUCAUACGGCGGAUCCCAUGGUUUAGGGAUUCAGGUUCAUAGUCCAACCUCCCCUCCUGCUCGUCCGCAACGAGACGAUAUGGGUUCCAAGGGUCUACCAAGUUUACCUUUCGAGCUCGCUCCUCCGAACCCUCCAAAACAAUCAAGCUCGAAAAUUAGACCUGUAUCCUCGAUCUACUCCCAGCCGUCGCCGGCUCCUUUAAUUACACGAUUUGCACGAGAACCGUACACCUCACCAACAUCACCUCCCUAUAGAUCCCCUUACGAAGAAGGCGUCUCCCCUCCGAGCUCACCGGAAUUCGAUGCUAGACACCGAGGCCAGAUAUCUCACGAAGUUUCGCCAAUCGACAAAGAAAUGCCGGAUAUAUCGAAACUUAAUGUUAAACGGCCUGAGAGCAGGACUGAGCAAGACUCGAGAGCAGCUGCCAGCAGUAUUCCAGUGCUCAGAAGAGAAAAGAGACGUAAUCAAGUGGCAGAGACCGCCGCGAAUCUUGUAGCGCGAAAACAAGUUGCUGGGGGAAAUAGGCCAGCGAAAAAUCCAAGUUGGGACCCUUAUUCUGGAGAGCCAACUACCUCGGAUAAAGGCCGGAAGCAAACCACAAAACCUGGAGAGUUUACACCACCAGGUCUGCGCUCUGUAUAUGCUCAACCGGGAGUGCGUUUGGGGAACGAUACAAACAUCAGCGCUGCUGCAAAGAAGCCUGUGUCUUUUGGCGAUAGAGUUCGAAAAUUGGCAAGCAAUGCGCCUGAAGCCAAACCGCAAUGGAAAGGAGCAAGCGGACGCGUAACGCUUGUCCCUACACCUGAAGAUAAAUUCGAUGUUCAACCUUUGAAUAUCCCAAAAAGGGAUCCCCAGCGAGUUGUUUCACCUAUAUCUGAACAGCCCACCCCUGUGUCACCUUCACCCCAACCUCGAAUCGUUAUCGAAAAGGUCCCUGCGUCGUCUCAUAACGAUGGCAGCAGUCAAUAUUCUUACACAGCCACCCCGCGAAGUAAAAUAUCAAGGGAUCCUCCCACAACAUCUCCUAUAUUCGAUUCCGAAAUUGCAGAUCAUGCCCGGGCAAGCGAAAACAGCAGGACGUCCCCUGUUGAGACCAAACAGUCUCCCGUCAGUCCGGUAGAAGAGAUAGUUGAUAAUCACUACAAGAGAGCCGCCCCUCCACCACAAUCCUAUGUUCAACCUGCCUCUCGUUUCAGUGUAUCAACAUAUGCGACAUCUGAAGCGCGAAGUACUCCACGUCCCUCGACUGACACCUUCGAUCCUACAUACGAACAUCCUCCAUUGCCGUCACCAACCCCAAGUUUUGUUAGUCAAUCUCCGGAUUCAGUUCUCAAUCGUGUUCGACCAAAGGUUGGUCCAGGCCCCGACCGAUCUCCAAGUUUGACCAGCGACGAUUCUGUUCUCAACCGAGUAAGACCAAAGGUCGGUCCCAAUCCCCGAGGUGGUGUUACACGAAAGGCAGUCAGUACGGCUUCUCCAGUAUUCAUCAGCAUGAGUAAAAGGGCGUCCAGGACGGGGAAAACCUUACCUAUCACGCCAGCGGAAGUUGAGUCGCAGGAUCUGGUCUCGUCACUACAAGCUCAACUCGAUGAUCUUCAGCAUCGGAAGAAUAAUAUUAUGAGAAGCAUCCGACAGAUGACAGAAUUAAUGCCCGCGGAUAAUAUUACGCUGACCAACGAUGUGCGACGGAAACGCGAGAUUGAGAAGAAAAAGGUUGAAGGACUACGAGAGGAGGAAGCGGAUGUCACACUUCAAAUUCGAGAGAUUGGAUUGAGACUUCAUAGAGCGUGGAAACGAAAGGACAAAGAAGCUGUGUAUGAACCUACUGGACUUUGGGUACGGAGGGUUACCGGAUGA